AUGCCAGCGGUUCUGGAUGAACCUGGAAGCUCGGUAGAAACCACCAGAUCUACCCACUCUCAAGGCACAGCACUUACUCAGAGCCCCGGUAUGGCGCCGUCAUCCCAGGCAGAGAACCAAGAAGGACCACGUGCCCGCCAGCAGGCCAUGCACCUGGGUAAAACACUGCCGCCCGAGAUCCCGAUAUGCCCUCCCCGUACUGGUGAAAGGGGUCUGUGGAUAUGGGAAAAUGGUUCCCGUUCCUACCAGGGGCUGCAGUGA